AAGACUGACUUCGGGACAAUUACUGUGACUCCGGACACCGUGACCCGCAAUCCCGGGACAGUCCUGAUCUCUUCCCUCUCUCAGCCCCACCAUCCGUACACGGGCCCCGGGGAGCUUCCGGCUGAUGAGGGAAUGGGAACCGAUGGAUCUCUCAGACAGAGCUGAGCUCCAGCUGUCUAAAUGCAAGGACUGGGAACUCGGAGAAAGGGAACAAAAUCUUUUACAUCAGCUGUUGGGAAAAUCACCUUUGUUCUGCCUCCAAAAACAAACAAGAGAAAAUCUGCAGAUGCUGGAAAUCCAAGCAACACACACGAAAUGCAGGAAUUCAGCAUUAGUACUCUUCCUUAGAUGCUGCCUGGCCUGCUGAGUUCCUCCAGCAUUUUGUGUGUGUUGCUUCUUCUACCUGCUCUUGUUCUGGACUUUUCUACCCAUGAGAACAUGUUUUGACCAAUUCUCUAAAGGUUAAAAACGACAAGGAAUCUAUCUACAGGAAUCUCGAACACAACACGCCAGUUUUUCUGUCUCUGUCCAGAUAUUUAAGAAGUGGGGCAAGGGAUUCACUCGAUCAUCCUUCCUGCUCAGACUGUGGGGAGGGAUUCACUCGACCUUCUGACCGACUGGCAUGCCCGUCACUUCACACAGGAGAGAUCCCGUUCAUCUGCUCAGACACUGGGAAUGGAUUCAGUCCCUCAUCUCAACUGAAUGUACGUCAGCAAGUUCACACUGGGACAAGGCCAUUUACCUGUUCUGUGUGUGAGAAGGAAUUCAGUUGGUCAUCCCACCUGUGGACACACUAGUCAGUUCACACUGGGAAGAGGCUGGUCAUCUGCUGAAUUUCUGGGGAAGGAUUCACUCGGUCAUCUGACCUAAUGGCUCACCAGCAAGUUCACACUGGGGAGCGACCAUUCACCUGCUCGGACUGUGGGAAAGGAUUCACUCGGUCAUCCAAACUACUGGCACACCAGUCAGUUCACACAGGGGAGUGGCCAUUCACCUGCUUAGAAUGCGGGAAGGGAUUCUCUUUCUCAUCUAAUCUGAAGGUACAUCAGCGAGUUCACACUGGAGAGAGGCCGUUCACCUGCUCAGACUGUGGGAAGGGAUUCACUCGGUCAUCCUACCUACAGAGUCACCAGCGAGUUCACACUGGGGAGAAGCCGUUCACCUGCUCAGACUGUGGGAAGAGAUUCACUCGGUCAUCCUACCUACAGAGUCAUCAGCGAGUUCACACUGGAGAGAGGCCGUUCACCUGCUCAGACUGUGGGAAGGGAUUCACUUGCUCAUCUAAUCUGAAGGUACAUCAGCGAGUUCACACUGGAGAGAGGCCGUUCACCUGCUCAGACUGUGGGAAGGGAUUCACUUGCUCAUCCCAGCUACAGAGUCACCAGCAAUUUCACACAGGGGAGAGGCCAUUCACCUGCUCAGACUGUGGGAAGAGAUUCACUCGGUCAUCCUACCUACAGAGUCAUCAGCGAGUUCACACCGGAGAGGGGCUGUUCACCUGCUCAGACUGUGGGAAGGAAUUCACUCAGUCAUCCCACCUACAGAGACACCAGCGAGUUCACACUGGGGAGAAGCCGUUCACCUGCUCAGAAUGUGGGAAGGGAUUCACUCGGUCAUAUGAACUGAAGUUACAUCAGCGAGUUCACACUGGGGAGAGGCCGUUCACCUGCUUAGACUGUGGGAAGGGAUUCACUCGGUCAUCCCACGUACAGAGUCAUCAGCGAGUUCACACUGUGGAGAGGCCGUUCACCUGCUCAGACUGUGGGAAGGGAUUCACUGAGUCAUCCAGCCUACAGAGACACCAGUCAGUUCACACUGUGGAGAGGCCAUUCACCUGCUCUGACUGUGGGAAGAGAUUCACUUCGUCAUCUCACCUACUGAGACACCAGCAAAUUCACAUUGGGAAGAGGCCGUUCAACUGCUCAGACUGUGGAAAGGGAUUCACUCAGGCAUCUCACCUACUGACACACCAGUCAGUUCACACUGGGGAGAGGCCGUUCACCUGCUCAGUCUGUGGGAAGAGAUUCUCUCGGUCAUCCAGCCUACAGAGACACCAGUCAGUUCACACUGGGUCGAGGCCGUUCACCUGCUCAGACAUUGGGAAGAGAUUCUCUCAGUCAUCUCCACCAAAUGUGCAUCAUUGAGUUCGCACUGGGGAAAGGCCAUACACUGCUGUGAAUGUUGGAAGGGAUUCGCUCAGUAAACUAAACUUGUGACACACUACAGGGUUCACACUGGGGAGGAAGUUUCAGUAAGCUGCAUACCAGAUAUUUGUCCAUCACCGUUGCUGAAUGCAAUUUCGAGAGUGACUGUUGGUGCUGAACUCUGCAAUUACUGCUGCUGGUCACCACACCCAGUUCUGCACCAUCAGCACCCAGGGCAUGCCCUUUUCUCACUGUUGCCAUCAGGUGGGAGAUACAGAAGCCUGAAGGCACACACUCAGCGAUUCAGGAACAGCUUCUUCCCUUCUGCCAUCCGAUUCCUGAAUGGACUUUGAAAGCUUUGGACACUUUUUUAAUAUGCAGCAUUUGUGUUUUUACACAUUUUAAUGUAUUCAUUAUGCAUAUUUGAUUUACUUGUUUAUUUACUAUGUUUUAAUUUAUGUAUCAUUAUUAUUAUCUAUGCCAAAAUAUGUAUUGCAUUGAACUGCUGCUGCUAAAUCAACAAAUUUCACUUAAAAUGCUGGUGAUAAUAAACCUGAAACCUGAAACCCUGGUCACUGGGCACGGGAGGAGUUUCUUCUGCUACACAUUCACCUUUAAUGGGACUGGAGUUUAAUAUUCUGGAUCUGAGACAAAUAAAUCAGUUCUAUUGUAAAGUCUGUCUCCGGUACUUAGUGAAUUUAUGACACACCCUGUGUACAGUAAAGAGUCAACUCAGGCCGGCUGGACCCUGCCAGUGAUUCUGUUCCAUGACAGUCCUUUUCAAUCCUCCCCUGUUGUUCCCCUCUCGCUCUCC